CCCGCGAAGACCCAUGUCUUUGCAUCACUAAGAAGUAGCUCUAGUUUCUAGCUAAUCCGAUCUUAAGCACUCUUGCUUAACCAGUGAGCACGUCAAGAUCAGCCAUGGCCUCAACAUCAUCAGCUCUCUUCGCCACGGCGCUCGUCAUGGCGCUCAUGCUCGCCGGCAGCAGCACGUGCCAUGCCGGGCGCCAUCUCGCCGACACGACUCCGGCUGCUGCUCCCGCGGCCGUCCCUGGCAUUCCUUCCGUGCCGAAGCCGCCUGUGCCUACCGUGCCCGCUGUCCCCCUGCCCCCGAUGCCCGCCGUCCCAACGGUGCCUGCGGUGGGCGCCGUGCCAACGAUUCCUGCGGUACCGAAGGUCCCCGCGGUCACCUUGCCGCCGAUGCCGGCAGUGCCCAUCGUGCCGAACACCGCUCUGCCCCCCAUGCCGGCCGUUCCCGCCGUGCCAAAGGUGACGCUGCCGCCGAUGCCCACCGUGCCUAAGGUUACCUUGCCGCCGAUGCCCGCCGUGCCCAAGGUGACACUGCCGCCGAUGCCUUACAUCCCGAGCGUGCCGAUGCCGUUCUUGGCGCCGCCUCCUUCAGCGUAAUCAAGAAUGCGCGCAGGAGUGUGUGUCGUUUGCGAGGCCUGAUUGUUGGGUCAUGUUGCCCGUUCGCUGAGCCUGCAGUCUUUGCAUGAGCAGAUCUGGUUGUUGGAGUGCCUUUUUUUCCUUUAAUUUCCCUUUUGAUGUAUCUGUUUCGAUAUACGGUGUGUAUUAGUUGGAGAUAUUUGGAGUUUUGUCAUUCAAUCUGGUCACUGUUUCUUUGUGUAUGCAUGUACAGAGUUUUGUCAUUCAAUCUGGUCACUGUUUCUUUGUGUACGCAUGUACAGAGUGCUCAGCUAUAUAUAUAUAUAUCUCGUGGUGUUGUAUAUGAA